AUGUCCACCAGCUUCUCCAGCCACAGCUUCAUCUCCUCCUCCAGCAGCCGUGCCUCGGUCGGUUCCAUGAGGAGCGGGUCCGCCAUGCUCCUGGGCAGCGCCCGGUCCACCGGCAGCGUCUACGGAGGAGCCGGAGGAUCUGGGGUGCGCAUAUCCACCUCCAGGGCCUCCAAUGUUGGAGCUGGCUUUGAUCUCGCUGAUGCCGUCGAUGUCUCUGCCAACGACAAGCAGACCAUGCAGAACCUGAACGAGCGUCUGGCCUCCUACCUGGAGAAGGUGCGCCAGCUGGAAAAGGCCAACGCUGACCUGGAGCUGAAGAUCCGCCAGUUCCUUGAAAGCAAGGUCUCACCCUCAGCCCGUGACUACAGCCCCUACUACGUCACCAUUAGUGACCUCCAGGCCAAGAUCCAGGGAGCCAUCGCUGUGAAUGGAGGACUUUACCUCAGCAUCGAUAACGCCAAACUCGCAGCUGACGACUUUAAAGUGAAGUACGAGAACGAGCUGACCAUGAGACAGUCGGUGGAGGCCGACAUCUCCGGCCUGAGGAAGGUCCUGGACGAUCUGACGCUGGCCAGAUCCGACCUGGAGAUGCAGAUCGAGGGUCUGAGGGACGAACUGAUCUACCUGAAGAAGAACCACGAGGAGGAGCUCCUGUUAGUGCGCUCUCAGAUGAGCGGAAACGUGAACGUCGAGGUGGACGCCGCACCCCAGCAGGACCUGAACGCCGUAAUGGCCGGAAUCCGCGAGCACUACGAAGCCGUGGCCGCUAAGAACCGCAAAGACAUCGAGGCCUGGUUCACUAGCAAGAGCGAGGAGCUGAACAAGGAGAAGGCGAUCAUGACAGAAACGCUGAACACCUCCAAAUCAGAAAUAACAGAAGUGAAGCGAACGCUGCAGAGUCUGGAGAUCGAGCUGCAGUCACAGCUUAGCAUGAAAUUGUCGCUGGAAAACACGCUAGCCGAGACACAGAACCGCUAUGCUAGAAUGUUAGCAGGCUUCCAGGGUCAGGUGGUGAGUCUGGAGGAACAGCUAGUGCAGCUCCGCGCUGAUCUUGAGCGCCAGUCUCAGGAGUAUCAGAUGCUGCUGGACAUCAAGACCAGGCUGGAGUUGGAGAUCGCCGAGUACAGGAGGCUGCUGGACGGAGAAACCACCGUCAGCACGACGAGCUCCAGCAGCUCCACCACGCGUAAGGUCGUGAUCGUGACGGAGGAGGUCGUGGACGGGAAGGUGGUGAGCUCCUCCUCCUCCUCCUCCAGUAAAACCAGAACGCUGUAAACACGCUAACCCUUCAUGGCGUCAUCAGAACACUGCAAACCCUGUGAAGUGAAGCUAAUGCUAACGCUAACAGAGAUAAAUAAAA